UCACGUGUGCACACACGCAGACGCUUCCUGCUCCGGUCCCGGAGACAUGGCAGCCAGGAGCCAGGCCUCACUGCUGUGCCUGCUGUUCGUCUCCUUCUUCAUCCUCCUGUGCCUGAGGAGUCACCCGCUAGGCUUGAAAGAGAUUGCUUUCUGGAUGGGAAGAUUUAUCUUGAUCCUCGCUCUUGUCACUUUCAUUGUUUCUGUGGUAACUCCGUAUUUUAAUACAGUUCAUCUCUCUGGCAGCUCUCCAGCAGUGCCACAAGAAGAAAAUGAGCGCCAUCAAGAAGUGGUAAGAAGAGAACAGCAAGAACUUUUAAGCAAAAAGGCAAAUGAAUACAAUGAGAAUAUUUUAAAACCACGGCAAGAAGAAAAGCUUACGAAACUAGAGGAGCGCUUCUACAAGAUGACAGGACAAACGUGGAAACUGACUGAAGGUUAUACACUUGGUCAGGAGGUGGAGGGUCAGGAGAACUCUGCUGACCUGAAGGAUCCUGCGGAAACUGCAAAUGAAGAAGCCAUAAGGAAAAGAAAACUUCCAGAGCGUGUCACAAAGAUCUUACCGCAGUGCGAACAGCCACAACCUAAAAGGGUGAUCAGUCUACCUGAAGAACCCCAUGAAUCAGAGGAAGGUGUCGUUUCCAUAGCUUUACGUUGCCCCAGUGGUCGUGUUUAUAGAAGAAGAUUUUACAAGUCCUGCAGCUCUAUUGUACUGCUGGAUUGGAUGAUGAAAAUCGGUUAUCACCCAGUCCUUUAUUCAGUUUGCACACCUAUGCCAAGAUGUACUCUAAAGCUGAAAGAGAAUGUAACACUAGAGAACGUUGGCAUCACAAGGCACACAGCCUUAAACAUUGAAGAAAAGGAUCCAUUGUAAUUGACCACAAAUAAUGCAGGUUCCUAAGAACCCAAUGACAACUGCACACAGAUCCACUGUGUAGGGGAGAGAUCAAGGACUUUCUUAGUCGGAUAUGUACUAAUUUAUAACUUCGGUGAUGAAGUGUAUCCACAAUUUAUUUGGGUUGAUUUGUCCUUUGUCAGCAUCCCCGGAGUCAUUUCUGCCACAUCUUGCUAAGCAGCAGCAAUAAGACUUGGUGGCAACACAGUUAAGAUUUUAUAUUAAUCCACAAGCUGGAAUUAGAUUUUUUACAGUAAAGAGACAACUGUAAAAUUUCACACUGCAUCAUGGUAAAGAGGUUCUGUAUGUACAGUUCAAUAAACCGGUGGCUGAUAGCCUAGGUGACAUGACCUACUGUUAAAAGCCACUCGAACUCUG